GGUGUUAUUCGUGGACAAUCUGCGCGAGUCAGGAAUGACUGGAUUUAGAAAUAGGUUUGGACCAGUUCGUUUAGCUUUCACUCUACUAGGACUUCCAGGAAUCAGGUCUUCGAUCGUAUGGGCCCUCUCCGUUUUCAGUACCAAUUACAGAACCAUCACAACCAACGCUUCUAGUCUUUGUGUGUCUAGUACCCUUACCAUGCAUUCCCUAGCACCUCAUAUAAAAUCCAGAUGCCCACAGUACCCAGGCUCAAAUGUCCAGCGCUACCCAGUCCCAGAUGACAAGGUGGACUGGACAACAAGCUGGUCCCAAUACACCCCUGCGAGCUACACUGACCCCUGUGUAGCCAAAAAACCAAAUUGGGCUGAUCCUGAGAUUGGGUUAUUCUCCCCACAGUUUAACACUCUGGAUGGGUCUGUGGACAGAAGGAGUCAUGAGGGAGACUACCCAGUGGAAGAAGGCAAGCCAUUAAAUCCUCAUGGUCGAACUGGUUUCAUAGAAAGAGGUUUACUAGGAAGAUGGGGACCAAAUCAUGCUGCAGAUCCCAUUGUUACAAGGUGGAAGAGGGACCCUGCUGGACAGCAAGUGUCUCAUCCUGUGACCAAACUGCCAGUACUACAGUUUGUGUCCAUCAAGAGGAAAGACUGUGGAGAGUGGGCCAUUCCUGGGGGCAUGGUGGACCCUGGGGAGUUGGUGUCUUCUACCCUACAGCGUGAGUUCUCUGAGGAGGCUCUGAACUCCUUGGCAGCCUCUCCAGCAGAGAGAAAGCGAAUCUACCAAAGCAUAUCACAACUUUUUAGCUUGCAUGGUUUACAGGUAUACAAAGGUUAUGUUGAUGACCCAAGAAACACUGACAAUUCUUGGAUGGAGACUGUUGCUGUCAACUUCCAUGAUGAAACAGGUAACAGUGUGAGUGAGAUUCCACUCCAAGCAGGUGAUGAUGCAGGCCAAGUUCAUUGGAUUGAAAUUGACUCCGCCCUUCCCCUCUAUGCAAGCCACUCCCAUUUUCUAGAGCUGGUUACCAAGACAAGACAUGCCCACUGGUAACCAGGGAAACACUGCAUUGUAUGUGUAUGGUCAGAGCUGCCCCAAGGCAUAAACGAAUUAAGGGGCUGUUUAGGGCCCCCGUGGCCACCAGAGGGCCCCCAUAGCACAUGAAAUUAGUGGUUAAUUUAAAGAUCCUGUAAAGUGGACCUGGAAACAAGUUUUAAGUUCGCCACACCACAGAAUAAUGUGUUAUUAACUACCCAUCCAAAUUCUAAUAAAAAAAUAACACAGACAAGUAUGUUAAAUUAGGCUUUGAAAUCGUGAAAAAAUCAGCAGUCUUCUCUGCUUGAGACUGGGGGGGGCGUGUCGCCUGAAGGAGCUGAAGCUCCGCCCCUCGCUGCCUAGUGCCUACCUCCGACCCAGAUAAUGGACGCUAUGUCAAGCCAAACAAAACCGUAUAGAAUUAUAAUUAAUUUGUUCAAUGAGUGAAACAUACAGAUGCAUAUAAAUGAAAUGUUCCCCUAAGCUGUAACAGUAAAAAUGGACACCAGAGACAGCAGACAGUGAGCUCUCCAACUAGGCUACUUCUCACACAUUAGCUACCAUUUCACCAAAAUACCAUCAUUCUACACCGAGUAGCCUUAUAUCAAUUUAGCGGUUUGCACUAACUCAUAGCAGAGAUACCUCUGGAAAAGUUAUCUAGUAUAAUUAUAACAAGCACACAGAACAGAGUGAUGAACUGCUGGCAGCGGUGGAUUGUCCAGGUGCGACCGGAGGAGGAACGGCCGGGAGGGCGAUGCUCGGUACGGCUCCGCGCUGCAAGAGAAGCCGUGUGUCCGCGAACCCCGUCUGUCUCUGGUCCAUGUUAAAACUAUCCGCUGUGAAAUGGUCAGUGCAGAGGCGGCUGUUGGAGUUUAUCCGAAGCUUUCCAUGAGCGUGGCUCUUCACAAAAUCUAUCCACCUAUUUUUCCUUUCAUUAUCAAUAGGGAACUUAAAUGGCGUUGCAGCGCAGCUGGAGUUCUUGCAUCCAGGGAAGAUGCAGUUGCGGGUGGCGGGAGACAUCCUGAAGCUAGCUAGCUAGCUAGCUGAUGUAGGCUACAAUAACAGUACAGCAGGAGGAGCCAUUCAGUGAUGUGACGUAGAUAGGGCGAAAUGACGUAGAUAGGGUAUUUUUUGGCUCCGCCCAUUAAAACCUGAUCUGAAAACGGAAGAGAAACUGUUCUUCGGUUUAACUCCACAUUUCAGUGUGACAAAGUUUUAGCGCUUUGCACAUGCUUUCAGGAACUAAUUUCACACGUAUAUAAUGUACUUAGAAGCAAAACAUGGAAUUUACUUUACAGGAUCUUUAAAAAUUAUAUAUAUUAUGUUAAUGGUAAUUAUACAAAUUCCCAAUAUUAAACGCAAUAUUAUGAUGACCGGCUGGCAAGCAAGCUAAUACUACUGGUUUAAUCAAUUAUCUUGGGGGGCCUGCCUUUGUGAACAGUAAAUGCAUUGUCUGCUGGUUUAUUUAGCUACUUUUCAGUACACCGCAUUAAGUACACCACUUAGUACUGUAAGAAUUUGAAUACUUAAAAGUGCAAAUCAACACCUGACCACUCUUGUGGGUUUUCUUCUGUUAACAUUUAAAACCGUAUAAGGGUAAAAACAUGCCAGGCAAACAUUGGUAUGAUGUAAGCAACACAACUAAUACAAUUUCUAAUUAGUGCAUUAGAUUAAUAGUGUGCAAAUAAUCAAGCAUGAAGAAUAAUCAAUUGUAUUGGUGUCACCAAGGACCCCCCAAAUCAAUUCUGCUUAAGGCCCCAUAAAGGCUUGGGCCGGCCCUGUGUAAGGUACUACUCUUCACACUACUGAUGUUGGCAUGUAUGUUAGGUUAAUUUAAUUGAUAAGCAACCGACUGUGCUUGUGUGACAUGUACAGUAAUAUUGUGAUGUAUCCAGCAAAUUAACACAAAUGGAACACUUAUACUGCACCUCAAUAGUUUAAACGCACGGUUCAAAACCUGUCUUAAGUAUAUCCUUGAAGUAUGUAUGAUUUUAGCAUGAGUUCAUACUUACUUCUCCAGUACUAUGGUACUGGAGUACUUCUUCCCAAGUACUUCUACAUUAAGUGCAAAAACAGACAAGGUAGAGUGAGAAGGGUGGCUUGAUCAUUAAAAUUCCAUGACCUGACAUCCUCAGUUUUGAGGAUAUUAAUAAUGUAAUGAUUUCUCAGAACAGUUUUAAACAAGAUUUGCCUGAAUUUGUCUGAAAAGAUGACAGCAAUGAUGGAGAAAGUAGUACACACAUUGAAUUAAAGUAUCAUUUGUUUUUGUAUUUACUCCAUUAUUUGUGUAAAUAUGUAUUGUUAAUAAUAAUUGUAUAUGGUUUGAUGGAAAAGGUUAGAAGAUUUGUAAUUUUCCACAGUUUGUAGAGAAUCUGUCAGAUAAUGUCUGUAUUACUUUAUUUGGUCAGUACUAGGACUGUAUGUUGGAAUACAAUAACAACAUGAAGGAAGCUUUGUGUGGCCUCGUUGGUAUUAGGUGAUUGCAGCACUAUUAAGGGUAACAUGAAUUAAAAAAUAAUAAAAGUUAUAGUCAAGUUUA